GGAAAAGUUGGUUUUGGAUCAAGAUCGAGUGAUGCAGCUUUAUGUAUGAAAUAUACAGAUUAAAGUUGGUCUUUUAUUUUGUUUACUGUGUAGCAAUACGUUGCUAGAUAUCACGAUCUCAUUUUGAAAUGUAGUAAUGUAUUCUAUCUUAAGUAAUCACAUUCCUUAAACGUAUGGAAUCUGAAUAAGUUUUGAUAUGCAAGACGGGACACGAUCAUGGCAGAUCAUAGCAAGGAGGAACUAGAAAAUCGUUUACGGAGACACUCACAUAGUACUCCAGGUAGUCAAGAAGAUGUUCGUGAAGGAAGUCUUCAAGAAGAGUUUGAUCCAUUUCUCGGAGAAGGAGAUUUUUUCGAAGAAAAUGUCAACAUUUCUCUGACAGCCCCUCCUCAAACACAGUGGUAUCAUGGACGUCUGGAUAGGUAUAGCGCCGAGCUUCGGCUUCAAGCUGCAAAUAAAUUGGGAAGUUAUCUCAUUCGUGAGAGUGAUCGCAAGCCUGGAUCAUAUGUUUUGUCAUACUUGGGACAUACAGGAAUUAAUCAUUUCAGGAUAACUGCUGUGUGCGGGGAUUAUUAUAUUGGCGGUAGGCAAUUUGAUUCCCUUUCUGAUUUGAUUGGUUACUACACAAGUUGGUCAGACUUGCUGAAAAAGGAAAGACUUGUUUACCCUGUUGCACCUCCUGAGCCGGUUAAUGAUAAGAAACGAGUUGUGGCCAUUUUACCAUACAACAAAAUGCCGGACACUGAUGAAAUAAGCUUUUUGAAAGGUGAUAUAUUUAUUGUACACAAUGAUAUGGGAGAUGGUUGGCUUUGGUGCACUUUACAUCGUACUCAAGAAAGUGGAUUGGUAUUUAAAGAACUUGUUGAGGAAUUGGAUGAUGAUGUUGAUCCCAAUGAGAUUUAUCCAUGGUUUCAUGGAACUAUAAGUAAAGAAGCUGCCGUGGAAAAACUUGCAAAGAUGGGUCCUGGAAGCUUCUUAGUGAGACCUAGUGAUAAUUCCCCUGGAAACUACUCAUUGUUCUUCCAUAUUAACAAUACUAUUCAACGUUUUCGAAUAGAAAAAAGAGGAAACAGAUACAUCAUGGGAGGAAGAUGCUUUGACAGUUUGGAAGCUGUUAUAAGCAGAUAUAAAGUUGAACAGAUUGUUGAAGGACACCACCUUGGAGAACCAGUCCUUAAAGCACCUUAUGAAUCUAAGGAACUCAGUAAAGCUGAAGAAAUUCAACAGAAAUCUCAAGAUAUAUAUGCAACAUUACGAGAAAGUCGUGAAUCUGGAAUUGCUAAGCGCAACAAAGGAAUAAGAAUGAAGGGCUAUUUGAAUAAGAAAAGUUGUUUUAACCCAGGUCAAGGGAAUCGCAAGUGGAAAAAUUUAUACUUUGUUCUCAGUGCCAAAGAGCAACAACUACUCUUUUUUGAUAACCCUCGGCGAACAAAACCAAAAGGGUUAAUUGAACUGAGCUACACUUAUUUAUAUAUGGUCCAUGAUAGUCUGUUUGAAAGACCUAACUGUUUUCAGUUAGUUGAACGUGCUCUACCUUGUAUUAGUACCGUAUACUAUUUAUGUGCCAGCUCUCCUGAUUUAGCUCAGGAAUGGAUACAAGCGAUUAAACCAUUGUGUUCUCCCCAAUUACCUAGAGGUCGGGCACCAACUCAUAAUGUUACUGAGGUACGAAGUCUGCAUUUGACUCUUCUAGAAGCCCACCGCUUGCCUGUGAGACUUGUACCUCAUCCUUUUUGUAUAAUUUCACUUAAUCAAGUAAAAGUUUGUCGAACUCAAGUGAAAUGUCCUCCUGAUCCAAUUUGGGAAGAGGACUUUAUUCUAGAAGAUAUUCCAUCUGAUAUAACAUCAUUUUCUAUCACUUUGUACAAUAAAGGAAAACGUUCCAAAGACAUGGAAAUUGCUGAAGUAACUGUGGAAUUAGAAAAUUUAAUAAGUGGUGAAGAAAUUGAAGAUUGGUUUCCACUUGGAGGUUUGACUCCACCAAUAAGAGAAGACUGGGGUUCAUUGCGAGUCCGAAUACGCUAUAUUCAUGAAGUUAUUAUGCCAUUGGCUGAAUAUAAUGCUUUAAAAGAGCUUAUCAUGGAAGAAGAUUUAGAAGUUGUGAGCAUAUUGGCUGAUCUUUGUCAUAGAGACAGAACUCCACUUGCCAAUGCAGUUCUUAGAGUAUUCCGAUACGAAAAGAAAGAAGCGAUGCUUUUGAAAACAAUGAAUGAUCGAGAAAUUCAGUUUGAAGAAGAUACAACGACUUUAUUUCGAUCUGCUUCUCUAACUACUACAUUAAUGGAUCAUUAUAUGAGAUCAACAGCUAAUGGCUUUUUACACCAAGCGGUUCAAGAUUUCAUACUCAAAGUGAUGGACAGUAGACAGUCAUGUGAAUUGAAUCCUAGUAAAUUAGAGAGUCCUAUUGAAGCUUGUACAAAUGCUGAAAAUAUGUUAGGUCUUCUGGAUGAAGUAAUUGAAUCAAUCUUCUCAUCGAUUGAUGCUUGCCCUAGAACUCUAAGGUAUAUUUGUAGUUGUCUUCAAAAGAAUGUCAUGGCUAAAUGGCCAAAUGAUCCAUUAGUUAAAACAAGAGUUGUCAGUGGGUUUAUUUUCCUUCGAUUGCUGUGCCCUGCCAUUUUAAAUCCUCGUCAGUUUAAUCUAAUAAAUGACACUCCUUCUGAAAUUGCUGCUCGAAGUCUGAUCUUAGUGGCAAAGUGCUUACAAAACCUUGCUAAUUUAGUUGAAUUUGGGGCCAAGGAGCCAUGGAUGGAAGUAAUUAAUCCUUUCAUCCUGAAAAACAAAAAUAGAAUGAUAAAGUUCCUCGAUGACAUAUCGAAUGUUCCAGAAAGACCUGAACCUGAAGAGACGUUUUCUGGUGAUCCUGCUCGUGACUUAGCUACUAUUCACCAUAUUUGUGCAACUCAUAAAGAAGAAUUGCAGAAUUUGAACCAACAUAAGCCGAUAUUGAAAAAGUUGAUAACAGUCACCGAUAUGCUUUCCAAACAUAAACAGCACUAUACAGAGAUGCUGAGAUAGUAUUUCAGAGAAAAGAACUGCCUAUUUGUUAGUUGGAAUAGAUCUGAGGAGCAGCAGCCGGCUAGACUGCAUAAUUUAGGAUCGCAGUUUCAAGAGCCGUUUAGUUCCCUUUUUAUCUGGCAUCAUGUGACCAAUUAUGCCAGCAGGUUCUGGCUCAAAGCGAAGUACAUACGAAUGAUGAUUAUUUCCUAUCAAGCCCAGCUUCUCCAUUUGCCUCUUGCCAAAGGAUAUAGACUGGUUAUUCAAAAGAAAAUAAAUAAAUAAAAGAGCUUGCAAAUUCCUUACAUUGGUAUAUUAAAGACUACAUGUAAGUAAUGCAUUAGCUCUUUCUCUUGGUGCUGUGUUGUGAAAAGCUGUGGUCAAUUUUCAACUUCCAAUAACGAGCCCUGUACAAGAAAGAUUUGCAUUUUUUAUAUUGCCUUUCAAGUGGCCAUUAUUUAACUUAGUCAUGUUAUUAAACAAAAGCAUUUAAAUACAGAUUAUCCCACCAGAUACUAGGUGAUAACUCAGGUAAAGGGCAUAUUUCUAAGUGAAACAAUUGCAGUUUCUUUUCAAUUAGUUUUAUUUCUUUAUACGAAAAAGGAAAUUAAACCAACAAUUUAUUUUUAAAAAUAUCUUAAAACAAUUUUAAGUUCUCUUGGUAAAUGACAUAGUCAUAAAAAUUGUAAUUUAUACCAUUGAUGAAUAGAGUGAAACCUCUUGUCAAUGAUUUUGAUGGAAACAAUGCCAGUAUUUUCUUACUCGCUUUUUUCUUUUAGUGAAAGGAAGAUUUUAUUUGAUUUUUGUAUCCUAAAUUACGCUUGUUCAGAGCAUCAGUGAAUUUCUUUUAGCAAAUGAUUUUUUAAUAUAUUUUGUCAUUUUUAUUCUUAGUAUAUUUUUAUGAAUUCCUUUCCAUUGCAAAAUUGUUCUUUUAAAUGAAUUUAAAUUCUUGUUUCAAUUUUUAAAUCUUUUAAAAUUAAAGAUGCUAUCUCUUUCUUAUAUCAAAAGUCUUUAAAAGCAAUAUUCUAUAGCUAUUGUAUUUCAUUUAGUGAAAAAAAUUUCUAUUUGAAAUAUAAUGCUGUAAUAAAUACAAUAAAAUUUAAUGUAAUAAACUAAUAGAAUUGUUGCUUAAAUUUUAUAAAUAAAUAAUAAUACUAUAAACACAACUACCUGAUGUCCAACCUGUAGACAAUUUACAGCAUUACAUGAUUCCAUUGUAAAUAAAUUCAUCUUUUUUAUAAGUGUAUUUAAGUACACUGAUUGCAUUUUCAUUCCAGUUUCUCUUUAUAAUUUGUGUUUUGUAAUUUCCUAUCUUUUUGCAUUCUACGGUAAUUAAUUACCUGCAAAAUUUUAGUAUAACAAGAUAUUAAAAUUAAUGGGUGAAAUCACAUCUAUUAAUAAUACUUAAAAUCUCUUAUGAAAAAUUAUUCUCUUUUAAAGGUUAUAUAUUACCAAAUAAUAUUUGAUAAUUUUUUUUUUUUCUUAUCUAAAUUUAAAAGCACACACACUCAGAAUUUGAAGCCUUUAAGAUAUUCAAAGAAUAAAUUCUUUAAGUUAAAAAAAAAAAGUUUUUUCAUCACUAAUUGCAUUUUAAAAAUGAAUCUCAAAUUAUAGGGAUUAAUUUACAAUAUUCAGUAUCUUUCACACUGUGGAAAAUAUAUUAAAAUGGAAUUAUUGUAAUUACAAUCUCUGCAUAUGCGAUUAUGUUUUGAUAAUGCUCUCUUAUGCAGAUGUCAAAACUCCUCCAAAAUUUUGUAAUUGUGGUUUUAUGAAACAUUAAUUUUGUAUCAUUGUGAUGAUUAUAAAUCUUGUAUUAUCUUCUCUAAUGAAAUGGUAUGAAACCAUUUAACAUUAUUAUAUUUUAUUAUCCAAGACCAGUAUAAUUAGAUUGAAAACAUAAUCUUCUUCUUUAAAUGCUAGUAUUAAUUAGAGAAUUCUAAUCUGUAGAUAAAAUAAACUCACUUUUUUAGACAUUGCAGGCAUCAUUUGCAGUAUUUGAUACUCGACUUAAUCUUGUCUUUCAACUGAAAAUGAUAAACCUUUGCAAUGAUAAAUGUGCUGCAGAUAAAAUACUAUCAUAAUUUUACUAUGUGGCAUUUUCUAAAAACAGCCAAUUAUAUUAUAUUUUUUGUGCAUAAUUUAAUUUAACAAUUUAAAAGGCUUUCUUUAUGCCAUCCAUUUCUAUGAUGUUUUUAAUAUAUUUUGAUUGAUUUGUUUUAAAGAAUGCACUUAUAUUUUAAACUAAUGUGCAAGAGGUUUCACAAUAUAUAUAAUUUCAAAAUUAAUUUUGAUUUUAGUUACAAUUAAAUUUUAUGUCCAAUUUUUUAUACCAAUAUUGUAAAUUUUAGAAUUUAAUUGAACAUUAAAAUUUACAAUAUAUCCAUCUUAAAUUGAUCCCUGAAUCAUUUUUCUAAAAACUUAUGGAAAUAUUGGAAUGUCAACCUUAUGAGUAUGUUUUCCUUUACAAUUUUUGAAAUACUUAAGUUGACUUUGAUGGAAUAGUGAAAUCAGUUCAUCAUUUGGUAUAUAAAAUAUAUCAUAAAUCAUUCACUUAAUCAAAAACUCCUCCUUGAGUCAUUUUGAUUUUUUUUCCUAGGAAUCAUUAAUAAGAUGAACUUGUGAUAUUUUUUUAGUGGAUAUAUUGAUACAGAUUGUGUAAUUUUCAUUGUAAAUAGCUUUUAUUAAAUCAACCUCAAUUAAAGUUUUUUAAAUUAAAAUUUUAGAAGCAAAUUGCCUUUCCUUUUAAACUGAGAUAGUAACAGAAAUAAAUGUUCCACAAAAAGUCUUUAUUCCUGUUUUCAAAUCUACCUAUAAUGAAACAUUCCAAAAGAACAUAUAAGGAAUAUGGUUCUUUUUUUCCAAAAUAGUCAUUUAUAAAUAAUAUGUUACUUAGUAUCCUUUUCUCUAUUAAGUAAUAAAAUAUUCAUAUUUCAAUAUAUAACAAGAUUUAUGUUGAAAAUAAGGUAUUAUCUUCUUGAAUUCCUCCUCCCCUUUCAAUUUUAUAAUAGUGAUUGUUGUUGAAUAUUUCUUCAAGAAAUGGUAUAUUGAUUUUGCAUUUUACUCUGAAAAUUAAUCAUGAUUUAUUUCAAAUAUUAAAUUGUUGCCUUUUCCUGAUGAAUCAAGUUUGAUAAUUGCUUUUGUUUGAUAUUUCAUCAGCUAAAUAUUUAUAAUCCAUGUACGCAAUAAGAAUUUUAUGUAGAAUUAUACGAUUUUAUUUCAAAUGUAAUUUAAAAAAGAAAAUAUUGCUCAAAAUAAGCGCACCACCUGAUUGUGUAAAACCAUGCAAAGGAUCCAUUCAGUGCAGGGCUCUUUCCAUUUCUAGAUGUAAAUAUUUUUUCCUUUGCCAAACAAUAUAAUCUAUAGGGUUGCCUUAAAAAUUAAUAUGAAUCCACUGAAACACAAUAAAUGAACUGAUUUUUUUAAAGAAAAAUUUUUUGUUUAUAAAUAUUCUAGAACAAAUUUUUUAUUAGUUUUCAAUUUUCUUUUCUAUUGAACUGUUAUAUAUUGCUUUAGUCGAUUUAAAACAUUUCUUUUUUGUAAAACAUCAAAUGUGCUUUAGCAGUGAGCAUACGGCAACCCUUUUCCUGGCUGAAUUUUAACACGUGAACCUUCAAACUUCACAGACUCAAAAUAGUUGCUUAAAACAUAAAAAGAAGUGGCUUAUUCCAAGAGUGUUCUGCACAUUUAUUAACAUUAAUCUCCAUGUUUUAGGAUCCAUUUUUUUAAUUUAAGAUGUGAAAUAUUUCUGGUAACUUUAUAAGAAUAUAUAAAAAUGUGUAUAUAUUGUAUGACAGAAGAUAUUGUUAUAUAGACAAUUGUAUUCCAGUCAUUACUCGAAGCCUCUCUUUUCAGCUCUGCAGAAACAUGUAUAAAUGAUUUGAAAUUAUAUGACGCAUGAUCUCUAAUUUGUGAUUGUGGAUCAUUUAUUGUCAAUAGGCAUUUUGUAACAUGUGCAUGUUUUAUGUGAAUAAAUCAUGAAAUGGUUGUUUUCUUCUGAACAGAAAAAUCACUCUUUAUAAUUGCAUUUAUAUUUCAAAAUCUUGUACAAAUAUUUAUAAGCAAUAAAGGUCAAAUGUUUAAAUAUUAAAAAUAGGAUGAAAUAAGUUAAAGGGAUAUCUUUGAUGUCCAACAGCACAAUAUCUUACUGUAUUUUAACGAAAAUAAUUCAAAAUUAUUGAAUUACAUUACCUUGUUAUUCGAUAGUAAGUAACCAUAAAUGAUGCUUUAUUUUCUAGUCUACUUAUAUAUAACUUCACAUGUUUCUGUAAUUAAACUGUUUUCUGAACCUAUGUGAAGAUUGUUGCUUGUUUUAGCAUUUAAUUA